CCGCUGAGCGUCGGCCAUUUGUUUUUUCGGCGUGCGAACGAUUGUACGUCAGUCAGGUGAUUUCUGUGCAUAUUCGAGGUUCGUUCAAACGCAAGGUGUCACGUAUUAUUUCCAAAGUUCCGUUACGAUUAAACAAGUUUAAACAAACCCAUCAAUAAGAAUGUCUGCGUGGAGGCAAGCCGGUUUAAAUUAUAUCAAUUACUCUCAAAUAGCUGCCCGAGUCGUCAGACAGGCUCUUAAGGCAGAUUUAAGAACAGAGGCUGGGAAACGCGACGAGGUGAGCGUGAAAAUCACGCAGUGGAAGGACGGUAGACCUGCAACUGAAAGGCUAUAGGUAUUCGUUUCAAGUUGUAAGUUAUAGAAAUUAGUUAGAGAAGACGUAAAUUAUGUUAUCACAAAUCGAUGGAGGAAAUGAUCGUGCUCUCGGUAUAUACAAUUGCACACGUGCCCACUAAACACCAAAUAAGAUGUUGAAUGAAACAGUAGUUCAUAUAUAUCAGUCCGAUAUUCACAGAUAAAGUAAAAACAUGUUGUACUAUCUGGACCUAUUUUUCUUGAUUCCAUCCAAGUUCCUUAAUUCUUCAAUGAUCAUCUUAUCGUCGGGCAAUGCGCUUUGCAAUGUACUAGAAAAAAAUACGCAGUAAAUAUUAACGUUAAUAUUUA